AUGGAUUCUCCCUUCCCCUUCCGUCAGACGUACUAUAAAGUCGUUGGCGACAUAUCUAACUGUUCGGAUGGGCCAGCUGUCGUGCUUCACGGCGGUCCCGGUGUAUCGCACGACUAUCUGUCCGAGUUGGCUAAAGCACCUAACGGCACGGCCGUUGUCUUCUACGACCAGCUAGGUAACGGGCGGUCCGCUGCUCUUCCCAGCAAAGACAUUCACUUCUGGACUAUCGAUCUCUUCAUUGAUGAGCUGCAAAACGUGCUGGAGUACUUCAACAUCUCCGAGAGAUACAACAUCAUCGGACACUUCUUGGGGAGCCACGCUUGCCUCGGAAUUCAUCACCCGCCGUCUGCCCUAGUGCCAGCCUUCGAAACACAGGACGUGCAAGAUUACCUUAAGGUGCACGAGGAAGCCGGUACUACGAAGAGCCAGGAGUACAAAGCGGCCAUGAAUGUUUUCUGGGAGACGUUUGCGUGCAGAGUCAAGCCGUUCCCGGAAGAGGUGGUCCACCCGCUCUCCAUGGCGAACAACGGUACUAGAAUCGAUCUGCGCAGAUGGGCCACUAAUCGUUCUGCACGGCGGCCCGGGCAUCUCGCACGACUACCUCCUCCCCUUCUCCGACAUCGCCCCGCCACACCCGUCGUAUUAUACGACCGGCUUGGCAACGGGCGCUCGACGCUCCUCCCGUCGACAGACGCGUCCUUCUGGACGACCGACCUCUUCGUCGACGAGCUCGCGCACCUGGGCGUCACGGGGAAGUACAGCAUCCUUGGGCACUCGCGGGGCGCGAUGCUCGCGGCGGGAUUCGUCCUCAUGAAUGAGGCGCGCGCGCACGGCUCCGCGAGCAGCCGUCCGAGGAGGUGCGAGCAGGCGGGAGACAGGACAAGUGAGGAGUAUAGGGGGCACAUGGCGGUGUUCUUGGGGACGUUUGGGUGCAGGGUGCGGCCAUCCCCUGAGGAAGUGGGGUACUCACUCUCGCUGAGCAGCAAAAAUCCGGCGGUGAUCGACUCCACGAUGACCAACUCGGCUGGCCUUGCAGAUAGGUGGGAGAUCCGGGACAAGAUCCCCCUGACGCGGCACGUGCCAACUUUGCUCAUCAACGGUGAGUAUGACUACAUGACGGACGAUGUUGUCGAGCGGUUCUUCUGCCAGUAGGGGAUGGACAGGAUCAAGUGGUACAAGUUUGCGCGGUCAUUCCAUCUGCCGUGGUGGGAGGAGAGGGAG